CUCCCAAGCUCUUCCAUUCGUCUCCCCGUACAACACCUACCUGUAAAUACACCACGCACACACGCACAAUGGCGACGCGCAGAAUCGCAACAACCGGCCUGCGGCCACUGGCGGCCCCCAUGGCCGCGUCCCGCACCCUCACCCACACGCAAACGCGCCUCAUCUCAGCCGGCUACGGCUACGAGCAAGCCAAAGCGCUAACGUUCAAGACGUACGGCGAGCCCAAAGACGUCCUCUCGCUGCACAAGCACUCGAUCGCGCCGGCGCACUCGAACAAAGUGACGCUGCGCUUCCUGGCGGCGCCCAUCAACCCCGCCGACAUCAACCAGAUCCAGGGCGUGUACCCGUCGAAACCGACGUUCACAACCGAGAUGAGCACGCCGGACCCGAUAGCAGUGGGAGGCAACGAGGGCGUGGCCGAGGUCGUCGCCGUCGGCUCCGCCGUCAAGGGCUUGCAGAAGGGCGACUGGGUCAUCCAGAAGGCGCCGGGCUUCGGGACGUGGCGCACGCACGCGCAGACGGACGCCGCGCCCCUGCUCAAGAUCGACGACAAGAGCGGCAUCUCCCCCGUCCAGGCCGGCACCGUCAGCAUCAACCCCUGCACCGCGUACCGCAUGCUGAAGGACUUUGCGGACCUGAAGGAGGGCGAGUGGUUCGUCCAGAACGGCGCCAACAGCGGCGUCGGCCGCGCUGCUAUCCAGCUGGGCAGGCUUUUCGGCUACAAGAGUAUCAAUGUCAUCCGCGCCCGCCCGACCGGCACCGACCAGCUGAAGCAGGAGCUCACGGACCUGGGCGCCGACGUCGUCGUCACGGACGAAGAGCUCAUGGAGAAGGGCUUCAGCGAGCGGGUCAAGGAAUGGACGAACGGGGGGCGGGAGCGUCUACCCUUGGCGCUCAACUGCGUAGGCGGCAAGCCGGCGUCGGCGCUCGCGAAGCUGCUCGCCGAGGGCGGCCACCUGGUCACGUACGGCGCCAUGUCGAAGCAGCCGGUGCAGCUGCCCACCGGGCUGCUCAUCUUCAAGGACAUCCACUUCGAUGGCUUCUGGGUCAGCAAGUGGAGCAAGGGCAAUUUCGAGGAGAAGAAGAAAACCGUCGAUCAUGUCUUGCAGUUGAUUCGUGAGGGCAGGUUUAAGGAUACCCCGGUGCAGGAGGUCAAGUGGGAUUGGGAUACGAAGCAGGAGACGCUGGUGGAGGCGGUGCAGGGCACGCUGGAGGGGUUUAGGGACGGGAAGGGCGUGUUCGUUUUCGGUAGUACGUAGAGUGGUUGGUAGCAGUCGUGUUGUGUGUGGUGCUGUGGAAUAGAGGAUGGAGUUUAUGCUGCUUUUACUCGCGGCUUUCUUUCUAUUUUUGCUUUGAUUGGAUUUGCUUGUGUUUGUGUGGGUGGGUGGGUGUGUAUGAGUCGUCUUGGCCCAGCAUCAGGACGCAGUGCUCUGCAAGCUGCGUGGGAAAACGUGGCGCAAGACCACUGUAGGUAUUUUCGCUGGACGAAAAGAUCUUUCCUCUCCCAAU